UGGGCGCAGUUGGUUGUGCGGUAUUGUUAACUUGAUUAUUCGCAGAUCGAAUUUCAUACGUUCGAGUGAAACGUUCCACGAGUGAAAACGAUUUUUUUGAUCGUCCGUUGCAUUAUUCUUCGUCGAGUUACUUGAUCGUAAGGUCGUUGUCGGAAGAUCUUCGUCGAUAAAAGCUUUUCAAGAUGAUGCAUACGAUGAGCGAACACCCCGGAGGACCCGGAGGGCUAGGUGUCAGCGUGCUGCCUUUCGACGGAAUGGGCCUGUACGAACAACCACGGCCUAGGUUCAUGUUCAAGGUGCCUAGAGUGGUCCCCGACCAGAAGGACAAGUUUGGCAGCGACGAACUGUUCAGGCGACUUUGUCGAGAAAGCGAGGUUAGGUACACCGGUUACAGAGAUAGGCCAGUUGAGGAACGUCGUGUACGCUUUCAAAAUGGCUGUCGGGAGGGUCAUACCGAGAUUGCGUUCACGGCGACAGGCACGAACCUUCAGCUCGUUUUUGGUAACGCUUCCGGGAACUACGCCGUGGAGGCCGGUGACUGCGAUUUCGAGAAGGAUUGUGGCAAGGUGCAUCUAAGGUCGCAACUGAUAAUGAACGGUGUGUGCGUGUUGUGGCGUGGUUGGAUCGACCUGGAGAGGCUCGACGGGGUCGGAUGCCUAGAGUUCGACGAGAAACGGGCGGCCGAGGAGGACGCUGUCCUUCGCGAUCAGUUGGAACGUUACAGCCAACGAGUGCGCGAGUUUGACGAGAAACAGAGGGCGUACAGAAACGCUGCGGCGCAGCCGCCGCACUUGAAUCACCAUCAUCACCAUCACCAUCACCAUCACGGCCACCACGGUCACCACGUGACUGGAACCGGCACGGGAACCGCGAGAGGAAUCGAGCCCCACCUUGCCCACCGACAAGACCCCGAGAUGGAAGUCGGAUUGAGAGCCUACUGAGGCAGCGAGAAAUUUGCCAACAAGACCUCCUCUUGACUCCUUUUCGAUCCCGGGCUACAUCCUUCUUAUCGCCCUCGAGCCGGCUUGGAAGCUACCGGAUGGGAAGAACCACGUGAUAUCCGUCGAAACGUUCGUUAGAGAGAAAAAUAGAUUAAUCGGUACGUUGAACUCCUUAGGUGGUCGGGAAUCCUUAAACGAUUGGAAAACGUGCGUGUCGUGGUGACCCAGUGGUGAUGUGUCUGCAGUGUUCUAUUGAGGAGGCUAGGUCUGGGUUUGAAUCUUUGGUCAUUUUGGGUAGCUUUGACUCUGUUCUCUUGAGUUGCAGUCUUGGAGAAUAGAUAUCAAACGUCUCCACUGUUCUCGUUAAUAGAAAUGGACGUUAUUCUGCAAAAAAUUUAGAGUAGAAUUUUGCACAUACAUGUUAUUCGGUCCACGCCCCUAAAAUUUUGCAGACUUCCUUCCGAAUUUUAUAUACGAUUGAAGACGCGCAUCAAGGACAGUUUAGGUUAAGCGAUUCGCGUGCAUCCCUCUCGUGGACGUCGAUCAAACUUCUCGGGAAAGACGAUCAAUUUGCACGGAAGAAAUCAUUACGCGAUUAAAAUUUUAUUUUCCCUGUCGUCGACCGGACGAUCUUCGAGACUUGGAAACGCAUCUGUGAACAUAAUCGCAACAACGCCGAAUUUCUAUGUACAAUUAUAACGACGAUAAGAGUUGUGGAAGGUUUUAAGAAUCUGUGCGACGAGACUUCGUCCAUCGAAAUGGUAAAAUGACGUCGCGCGUAAAUUCGAGUAUAGUGUACGAUUAACAUAUCAAUUUAAAAUAUACGAUCGAUGCUGGAUGGUCAACACAACGUAUCCUAACACUAAGCCAAAUCCCCCGAUAUAUUCAAAACUGGGAGCGGCUAGUUUAAAAAUAUAAUCUAACUAUUUCUGACAUUGUUGAAAGGCUAUAAUUUGUUGGAUAUAAUUAUUUUCAAGUAAAAAAACGGAAACCAGAGUAUAAAAUUUUGAAAUUAUGUUGACACUUAAUCACAAUUGUGUUCACGAUAUUAUGGUGAGAGGGGGGGGGGCUAUUGUGCUUGAUUUUUUUUAUAAAAGGAAAUUUGAAUAGUUGACAAUUUAAAAUUCAAUGUAGGUAGUAGGCUCAUUUUUUGUAAGAAUCCUGUACAUUUUUAAAAGAUCCACUAUUUUCGAGAAAUGCUAUGGUUAAAGGUAUCGACAUUUAAAAACGCCAUCCGUAUCGUUCGUGUUUUUCCCCGCAUAAUAAAUCGGUCGGAAAUAUAUAAAUAUACAUAUAUAUAAACUAUCAGUGCACGCGUUUCAAUUCUAAUCGUGAUUUUACUCCAGAAUUUUCCUUCUUUUAAACUCGUUACGCGCGCAAACGAAUUUCAUCGUCAUUAUUAAAAUUUGUUUACAACGUCUAUUGUUCCAUUAAUUUAAGAGUAUAAAAACGAAUAAAGACGAGUUAAUUCAAACACGAACGACAACGAAAAUUAUUAUCAAUACGAGUAUUACGAUGCAAUUAAAUGCACAGUUUUACAUAAAUAAGUAAUAAAGCGUAAAACAAGCAUGGGGGAAAAUAUACUGUAUCCGUAGUGCAGAUUGAAAAUUAAAUGAUUCGUGUACCGUUUCUGUACAAGUUAACUCGUUCGUCUCGGUUAUAGGUUAACUUUCUUUCCAUGUGCCAUCGAGCUUUCCAGAUUGUAAUUUUAAGUCGACCUGCAAUUUAAAAAAAAAAGCCAAUCUUAAAGAGGAAUAAUUUUCUCGAAGAAAAGGAAAAAGAGCACGCGAUCAUGUUGCUCUGGAAUUCCUGGCGAAACAAAAGAUUGACCGGUUGCGUCACAGCCAAGCGACGAGACACGAUGAUUCACGGAAUCUUUCGGAAUUCUGCGAGCGCGCGCGCGAGUUAGUCGUCGAAUAAUUUUCUAUUUGGUAAUGGGCUGGGACUGCUUGUUGAAUAUUUUGUAUUCGAGUCUUCGAAGAAUCUGGUGAUUCAAAUAUUCGACGAAUAUAUUCCCAUACGCAAAUAGUAUGGCAUUUCAGUUCUGAAAUAUACGAGUAAUAGUAACUGAAUUCCAAAGUAUUCAAAUGACACGACAUUCGAAUACUUGAAUACUCUGACAAUAAUAUUAGAAGUGUCCCCAGCCCUAAUUUGGUAUACGUCGAUCCACACCAAUCCACCACGCGAUAUCGUUUUUGCGUUGCAUUGUACAUAUUUGUAAAGAUCGUUAGGUUAAUUUUUCGUGGCUUCGAGCAUCCUUUGAUUCGCGACGGUGUGCGAAUAGCGCUGGGAAACCCCCAGAAAUGACGAACGAGCGUUGAAAUCGCGCUCGAAUUGUAAAAAGCUGUUUAUCGAUUAAAUGUAAUU